CAGGCUUGUGCUUGUGCUCGAGUUGUUUAAGUGACUCGAGACGAGUUAAGUUGCAAAUUAAUUUAAGGGUUGCAGCAAAAACCACAACGAAUUAUCGUUCAAUUGUGAAGUCAGCACGGAACAGGGCAGUGGCUCUGUCGCUGGCCACAACAUGAUAAAGAUGCAGGUGGAGAUGCAGCUGGAGACGGAGAUGAAGAUGGAGGUGGAGGUGGAGAUGGACAGUUUGUCAACACCAACAUCAGUAGCUGAAGUUCAUGUAAAUCAAAACACAGAUACAAAUUCAAAUGUCGCAGCGGAUAUUGUAAUCACUGAACCAAAACAACAGCAGCAACAACAAAAACAAUCAGUGUGUCUGUCGGUCGCUGAGAAACUUCGACGCUUCUGUUACAUUGGCACAUUCGAUGUACCCAUUUUUGCUGCAACAACUUUGGAUCUCACAGUCGAGAGUCAUUUUCCAGUCUUGCUGGAAUUGUGUGCUCAGAUCAGUCAAAGGGAGCUGAUCGAGUGCUUGAGCAGCGUGCUCGCAGCUGGAAAUGCCGAGCAGUUGCCGCGCCGUGACGAAGCUCUCCUAGUGCUGGCCGUGUAUCUGUCCUCGUGCACUGAUGAUAAGGAACGGAACUCGGCACGUGGACAUUUUGUCAUGCUGGUGACGAGUGGCAAGGAUCUGCUGCUGUUUAUCAAGUUUGUGAAGCGUGUGCAGAGCUUAAUGAAACGCAAGACACCCUUUAGUCGGACCAUCCGCAAAGCCGUCAUCGACUGGUACAAGCUGCAACCGCUCGAAAGACUGUUGGAAAUGUGGUCGAUGAGCGACUGUGAAUAUUGUACACAUCGCGAUCUUUUGUUUCAUUGCCACUACACUAGUGAGAAAUUCGAUAUGGAUAUUUUGGCCGCUUUGCGUCUGAUAUUUACGCCCCCCAAAGAGGUGAUCUUGUGGCCCGAUCAUCUUGAUCCAUUAAUCAACUUGAAAGAAUUUAUUCUGGGCAUUGCUAAAGUGCGUCUUGCCCAGAAGCCAGAGGAGGCUUUACCAAUUGUACAGCAAUUGCAUCUUGGCUUUCAACAUGUACCGCGUAUCUUAAUGAGUGAUCCACAGUUGCUCAACAUUUUACUACCCAAAAUGAGCUACGACCAGCUGCUGGAAACCUGGCAAAAAUUCCUCAAUGUAUUCAAGGUUCAUCGGGACGAUCAACGCAAAUAUACCGAGUUGUUCUUCGACGAGUCUAAAUUACGUGACGCCAAUGUGACGCCAAUUCGUCUGCUCAUCCAGGAAUCACGUCUUAUUAAGCGCAAAAGACUCGUCACAAGAGGCGUUGUUCCCACUGUCCAUUCAACCUUUAUGCUUAAUCUAUACAAGCGUUGCUUCGGAUUGAACAAACCCAUCGGCUUGCGUCUACAUAUUACAAUUAAUCUGGAGAAGUGCUAUAUAGGCAAAUAUCUAAAUGGACGCUGGCGCUCAGUCAAAUAUCUGGACGCUGUUCUUGCAUUAGCCUUUGGUUAUUACAAGAGCGAAUCGCAGGUAAAUGUUCGAAUUUGGUACGACAAGAGCGGCAGGUUGAAACCCUUGCCAUGGACUCCGACAAUGACAGUAGAUGAGGCCAAAUCUUGCUGUGAAAUGCAACAGAUCGUCAAAAUUAAACAAACUCUGACUGACGUUAUCGACAAUGCACUGAAUGAUGCAGCUAAUACGUUUGAUGCGUUUUUAGUUUUGGUGCCAAGUGCCACAAGAGGCAAUCCCAAUAACAAUUCCGAUGAACUUUUUCGACGACUUAACGAGUAUCGCCAAACUCGAAAUCCGAAUGCCAAAUUUAUCAUAAUGAGUUUGCGCGAAAAUCAUGGAUCCAUGACCUACUCAAAGGAGCGUAAAGAGAAUAUUUUGGAGCUGUGCGGCAUUUCCGAUCAGAUGCCACGUCUAAUAAAUGCCUUUGCUAAUGGCAAAUUCGUUUAAGCAAUCAGCUGCAGCUUAACAUCUUUAUUAUUUGAGUGAAGGAGCCAGCUUACCAAAGAUCAUAAGCUGACCCACGAGGCGGUUGCAUCAACAGACCUGGUCUGUUUAUUCUGCCACCGAGCUUCUAUUUUAAUAAUACAGCGACAACGAUAUAGCGCUCUCUCUUUCUUUAUCAUGCUAUCUACUUCAUCACUGUCUCUUUUGCUCUGUAAAACACAUCCAUACACACACACACAUUGAUUGGUGCCCUAUUGCACACAUUUAGCACCAUUGAUGCUAUUUAAUUAUAAACAAUAUUUCUAUACAUAAGCUAGAUUAAUAAUGUGGCAUCCAUAACACACACACACACGCACACAAAUACUCACAAAACAUCAACAAUAUAUUAUCUCAAUUUUGUAUCUCAAUUCAUUCAACAUGAAACAAUAUUUUCUUAACGAUCUGUACGCAUUGUACACAUUUGAAUUGAAUUGGAUUUAGUCGUAGUAAAAGAAUUUAUUUGCAAUCUCAUUUUCAAAACGAAAACGCAAACGAAAAACUAAAACCGAAUGAACUGAAUCUAAAUUAAAUUUGGAUUAAAAACAAUACAAAGUGAAUCUGAGCAAAGCGAAAAAAAAACACAACAUAAACAAAUUGCCUUACAAACAAAAUGUUAGUCAAUCUUUAAUUUUAACUUAAACAUAUAAAACAAAAUAAGAGAAAAAUACAAGGAAUUUCGUCGAAAAAGUACUGAGAGUAAACUAAACAGAAGCAAAACAACGCAUUUAGAUAAAAAUAUUCAAAUGAAACUAUAUGAAAAGAAUACACAAAUAGUCCAAACUAACAAUAAGUUAACACACAAUUGACACAAGCUAAACGACAUCAAAAUAUUAUUAUUAACAUUAGAUUUUGUGUUGAAAUAUAUUCAAGUGAAAACUGCCCAAGAUACUGUGACAUUUUGUGUAAAAACUUAACAAGAAAAUGGAAAACAAAAAGAAAAUAGAAAAAAAAAAACAGAAAAAUAUUAGAAAAUUGCGUACAAUACACAAAUUAAUACAGCUAAGAACUCCUCCAAUGUGCCAUUCAUACAUACAUAACACAUUUGGACUCACAAGCACACACACAGACGUAUACUAAUUAGAUUAUAAAGCGCCUGAACAUAAACCGAACAAUAAUUACAGCAACAACAUUAAAAAUUCGACUACAUUAAUUAAGUAAUAUUCUAUUAAGUACGUUUAAAUUUACAUACAACAACAAAACAACAAUUUGGAAGCUGUACGAAACUUUCCAAAAACAAAAAAAAUAAUAAGAACAAAAAAUACGAAUAAUGAAACUAAAAAUAUUUCUAGGGGCAGUUUAUGAUAAAGUGUCCCACACGAGUCUGUGAAGUAAACCGUUGUGAUCGCUUUGAAAUUUUUAUUUUAAAUGAAAAAAAAAAAAACAGAAAAUAAAUAAAUUAAAGCAAACUCAAGAGCAACUAAAAAGAUUCAAUUAAUUAUAAGUUUGACUAAAAUGCAAAUAAUUUCGAAAAAUAUAUGAAAUAAUUGUAAAACAAGUGCGUAACCAAAAAGUACCUAGACUCAGAAUGCAAAAUUUGAAUACUAAACACAAAGACACACAUAUAUUUCAUUAACUUUCUUUCAUAAACUGGCUCAAGCGCAACAGUUAAACACACACCACACACACCUACAUCUCACACAAGUAUGUAUUCACAUAGUAUUAACUACAUAUAAUGUAUUCCGUACUGUAAAUACUCUUAUGUAGCUGAAAACCCUUAAAAGAAACAAACAAUUUAUUCAUUCGUUAUUUAACUCAAUCGCACGAAUUCAUCAAGUGAAAAAAUACUGUAAUAAAUAAACAGGCUCAAAGAAUGUUUUGACAUCUAAAAGAAAAAUAAACCCAUAUAAAAUUCGAAGUAGCAGCAAAACCAAGCAAAACUUUAUGUGAUAUCUAUUUGAAAAAUAAGUGAAAUAACACAAAAAAAAAAA